AUUUAGUAGUUGCUUUUUAUUUAGCCAGUCUACAAUUAAAAUGGAAUUGCUAAGGUUCUCAACGGUUUUUGCUGUGAUCGUGAUGUUGCAUUUCUCAAGUCCAAUGCAGGCUGCGCCUGUGUCGGAUGUGGAGUCAGCACUCGCUUCCCUCAUGGACUCUAAAUUGGUUAAGACCAUGCAAUGGAAUUCCAGAAAGUUACUCGAAAUACAAGAACUUCUCAGCGAGAAGCGUAUUCUAUAUUUGGAAAUAAUGCGCGAACAGAAAUUUCAGAGAACAUUGGUAAUUGGGGCGUUUGUGAUUGAUUUCCUGCUGCUCGUUUGCCUGUCAUUGCAUUAUUUGCUGGUGCCAGCGAAAGUCAAUAAUAAGAUAGAUAUUUAAACGAACAA